AUGGAUGAAAGUGAACUUCUCAAUUUCAAUUGGUUCUCCGAGGCUGGAUAUUCUCGUUUAAAAGCUGAAGCUCAAGAUAUCAAAGUAAUACGAGACAAAAUGAUCGAAGAAGGCAUAUCAUAUCAAUAUUUACCGGACAAUGUUCGAGAACUGCUUUUGGGCACAUCUUGCACAUGUAGAGAAAAUACGUUAAAUGGUCUGUCAAGUCUAUCGAAUGAACAAGCAAGAAACUACUGUGAGAAAGCAUCAUUGACUAGUUUAACUAUUCAAGAAAAAUUGGAUUCACUCGAUGAUCGAGAAACACUUCGUGGGGUUCGCCCAGCAAUUGAAGGUGAAUCAAGCUUAAGGUAUUCAUUAGAUCCAUGUUGUCAACGAUACAAAUACAUCCGAGUGAUCCUUCAAACAGUUUUGACAUUGAAAUGUUUGACAAACGAAGAGAAAAUCGUGUUUAAAGAACAUCUAGAACUUAUCAAUGGAUUAAUUGAUAAAUACGAAGCUUGUGACGUUUUUAUCCUUGUGCGUGCGUUUUUCAAUGGCAAUGAUAUUGAUUAUGAUGACGGUGAAGAAGUUCAAGUGUGUUCAAUAAUUGAACCUGUUGGAUCGGAAUCCAUUGGACAUAUACCGCAGUUCGAACGACCUGGAAAAAAAUCAUUGGCACAUUGGUGUGAUAGAAGAAAUUAUUUGUGUAUAUUCGAUUGUCCAAAGGUUGAUUUUUCUAUUUAUAUUCACAAGUCCGAAAUUAUUCACAUAGUAAAACUCGUUCGCGAGCAAUUUAAAUCGGAUUUCGAUGGACAAUAUGAAGAAGAGGCAAGAUUUAAUUUGCCUCAUCAACCGUUGAGCAGUUCUGUUGUUUAUCUAUCGAAGAAUAAACAAAAUGCAAAGGAUAUUCAAGGACAAUUACCUUCGGGACGAGAAAUAAUUCAAAUAGAUCCUAAAGACUAUUAUGUACGAAUAGAUAAUAUCAAGGAGAGUUAUGGAGAUCUGGAAAGAAUUCUAUUUCAACGAUUAGUUAAAGAAUCAAGCAAAUACACCCUUUGGUUUCGUGAAAUCAUCAACAAAAGUGGCAAAAACAUCACUUCCGACCACGAAUUCGUUCUAUUCGCUCAUGCUAAAGCUGUUUCAGAAUGUGCUCGAAAUUUAUCAACUUGGAUGAUCAAUUCAAUGUGUUUAGAUGUUAUAGAAAAGGAUAUUAAUUUAGAUGGGAAAAACAAUACAGAUGAUCAACGACUGUUUUCGCCGUGGAAUUUGUUUUUUCAACAUCAUUCGAUGACUGGUGAGAGUUAUAAAAAUCAAAUUGGAGAAGGAAAUGAAAACCAAGAGGAAAUUGACGAUAAAGAAGUGUAUAUCAUUAUGAAUUGGCUUUGCAUUUUCUGGUUGGGAAAUGAAAAUGUCACGAUGGUGAAUGAUUCAGAUGUGUGUUUGUCUUAUCUUGAAACUAUUCAGCGUACAAAACUAGAAGCAGCUGAAAGAUACGCACGUACAUGCAUCUUAAAAAUGCUCUUUCAUCGUAUGUAUUCAAUAGACUCAUGGGAUUGUAAUCAUUUUUGA